AUGAAAAAAAAUAAAUAUACAGGCUAUUGGGUAUGGAUACAAAACAAGAUAGAAUUAAAUAUUUAUACUUGGACGGGAGCCUUCGUAUUCAAUGAUGAAGGAAAAAGGAGCUGGAUAAAUGUACAAGCUGCAAAGUCUCACGAUGGUUAUCAUUUGAAAAUCCCUAAUGAUAUAAAACAAUAUUGGCUUGCUUUCUCACUUAAUGAAUUUAAGGACUUUGACCAGGAAGGUCCUUUCAAUAAUGAUGAGGAUAUAUGUUGGUAUUGGCAUGGUCAUGAACAUAACUGGAAAGUAUAUCCGUAG